UUAUGAGGUCUCACGGGUGGAAGUGAAUGACAGCACUUUUGACUUUUGCUCACUUGACAUGAAACAAGUCAAGUCAAGGGACGACUGGGUCUUAUCCCUAGACUCCGCCUGCACAUUCAUUAACGGCUGUACACCUUCUUGCUCCGGCCUCUCCUGUCCUCCUCCUCCUCGUGUUUGCCUAAGUUAUUGUCACUAACAUGCCGAAGUGCAUCCAAUGUGGUUAGUUUGGGUUUAAUGAUGGCUGACACUGGAGAGGGAGACGACGAAUUCCAGUUUCUACGAACGGGAGAUGAGGUGGUUUUGCAGAGUACCUUUACCUCCCAGGAGGAGCAUGUGAAGCUCUGUCUUGCAGCGGAGGGAUUUGGCAGCAGGCUUUGCAGGCUUGAGUCCACCUCUAACUGCAAGAAUGUUCCACCAGAUUUGUCUGUAUGUGGCUUUAUACUGGCUCAGUGUCUCUCUGUGCGAGCCCUGCAGGAGAUGCUGGCCCACAGUGAGCACCUGGCAGCAGAGGUGGUAGCUGGAGGAAGCCAUCGCACCCUUCUUUAUGGCCAGGCAGUGUUGUUCCUUCACUCAUACAGUGGCAUGUAUCUCAGCUGCUUGUCUUCAACUCAGUCUUCAACUGACAAGCUGGCUUUUGAUGUUGGUCUGCAAGAGGAUAAAGCAGGUGAGGCAUGUUGGUGGACCGUCCACCCAGCAUCUAGACAGAGGUCAGAGGGCGAGAAAGUACGUGUUGGAGACGACCUCAUACUGGUCAAUGUGUCCUCAGAGAGAUAUCUGCACCUGUCCUUUGGCACUGUAUUUGACAACAAAAGCUUGAGUGACAGUCUGAUUGUUAAUGCAGCCUUCCAGCAGACUCUCUGGAGUGUUGCUCCCAUCUGCUCUGGAGGUGAAGUUGCUCAAGGAUACUUGAAGGGGGGCGACACAUUGCGGCUCCUCCACAGCCACAGUGACGCAUGUCUGACAAUUCCCUCCACAGAGCAGGGAGAGGAGCUGCAAAGGAUAAUGCAUUAUGGGAUUGGAUCCGUCUCCAGCCAUGCACGCUCUCUCUGGAGGCUGGAGAUUCUGCGUGUUGUUUGGAGUGGUAAGCAUACAUGCUGGGGACAGCCUUUCAGACUGUGUCAUGUGACUACCGGGCGAUACCUAGGUCUUACAGAAGAGAAGGGCCUGCAUCUGGUUGAUCGAGACAAGGCUGACAUCAACACAGCCUCCUUCUGCUUCCGAUCCUCAAAGGAGAAGCUUGACACUGGCACAAAGACUACUGUCGAUGGCAUGGGGACCCCAGAGAUCAAGUAUGGAGAUUCCAUUUGUUAUGUUCAACAUGUAGACUCUGGGCUCUGGCUCACCUACCAAGCCACUGAUGCCAAGUCUUCUCGCAUGGGAGGGACUCAGCGAAAGGCCAUUUUGCACAGUGAGGGCCAUAUGGACGAUGGGCUCACGCUGUCUCGUUCUCAGAGGGAAGAAUCUCACACUGCCAGACUCAUCCGGAGUGCUAUUCUCCUCUUCACUCACUUUAUCAGGAAACUGGAAUUUGGUCAACAAGGAAACCUACCCUCUGUCAGCUUGCCGACAGAGACAGUGACAUGCAGCCUGCAGGAUCUAAUAAAGUAUUUCCAGCCUCCACCGGAGGGGCUAGGCCAUGAAGCUAAACAGAACAGCGUGACAGCUCUAAAGAAUCGGCAGAACAUGUUUCAAGAAGAGGGUGUGAUAGAUUUGGUCCUGGAUUGUAUUGACCGUCUACACCAAUAUAGUAGUGCUUCUCAUUUUGCUGAAGCUGCUGAGAGUGAGAUGGGAGGAGAGUGGGAAACCAUCCUCAACCGUUUUUAUGAGCUAUUAGCUGCUCUGAUCCGGGGAAACCGUGUAAACUGUGCACAUUUCUCAGCUUCUCUAGACUGGCUGAUUAGCAGACUAGACCGGCUUGAGGCAUCCUCUGGGGUCUUGGAGGUUCUGCAUUGUAUCCUAGUGGAGAGUCCUGAAGCACUGAAUGUCAUCAAAGAAGGACACAUUCACUCUAUCAUCUCUUUUCUAGAUAAGCAUGGAUGCAACCACAAGGUGCUGGAGGUGCUGUGCUCCCUGUGUGUGUGCAAUGGUGUGGCAGUACGGUCCAAUCAGAACCACAUCUGCGACAACCUGCUGCCAGACAGAGACUUGCUACUCCAAACACGUCUGGUUAAUCAGGUCACCAGCAUGAGGCCAAACAUUUUCCUGGCAAUGGGAGAAGAUUCAGCCCAGCAUCGGAGGUGGUACUAUGAGCUGAUUGUGGAUCAUGUUGAGCCCUUCCUCACCCCUGAGCCCACACACCUGCGUGUUGGCUGGGCUUGCACUGAGGGCUACCACCCAAGGCCCACAGGAGGAGAAGGCUGGGGAGGCAACGGGGUGGGAGACGACCUCUGCUCCUACGGCUUUGAUGGGCUUCACUUGUGGUCAGGUUGUGUGGGUCGCAGAGUGAGCUCUCCCUUCCCUCACCUGCUGAAAAAUGACGAUGUGGUCAGCUGCUGUCUUGACCUCAGUGCUCCCUGCAUCUCUUUCCGGGUCAACGGUCUACCUGUGCAGGGCAUGUUUGAGAACUUCAGUGCUGAUGGACUUCUUUAUCCUGUGGUCAGCUUUUCUGCUGGAGUCAAGGUUCGUUUUCUGUUUGGGGGAAGACAUGGGGAGUUUCGCUUCCUACCGCCGCCAGGCUUUGCUCCAUGCUCUGAGGUGCUGCUCCCAAGAGUGAAGCUGAAGGUAGAGCCAUGUCAGAAAUACAUCUUGGAUCAUGGAGAAGGGAAACAAGACCUCAUUGGACCCUUAGUGCCUGUCACUCCAGUUACCUUCACUCCCACACCAGUGGACAUUAGCAAGGUGGUAUUGCCCUCACAACUUGAGGACAUCCGAGAAAAAAUGGCUCAAAAUAUCCAUGAACUCUGGGUAAUGGACAAGAUUGAUCAUGGAUGGACACAUGGACCUGUGAGAGAUGAGAGUAAGAGGCAUGAUCCCUGCCUGGUGGAGUUCUCCAAGCUGCCAGAGCAAGAGCGGACCCAGAACCUUCAACUGGCUCAGGAUAUCCUCAGGACCCUCCUUGCUCUUGGUUUCUACAUCUGUUUGACUGAUGACCAUGCUGCAGAGAGAGUCAAGUAUAUGAGGCUUGCCACCAAGUAUGAGCAGCCCAGUGGCUAUAGACCUGCCCCAGUAGACUUGAGCCAGGUUUUUCUGAGCCCAAUCCAUGAGGAAGUGAUCAACUUGCUGGCAGAGAAUGAUCACAAUGUAUGGGCUAGAGAGCGUAUCAAGCAGGGAUGGACCUAUGGAGCCCAACAGGAUGUGAAAGCGAAGCGGAGCCCGUACCUUGUGCCCUACAGUCUCCUUGAUGAAAGGAGUAGGAGAGUGGGCAGGGAGAGUGUCAGAGAGGCUGUCUUUACUCUUCUGGCCUACGGUUACAGCCUGGAGCCUCUCAACCAGGAACGGACCACAUUAUCAAAUGCAUGUCUCAUCUCUGCUGAGAAGUGCAGUGUGUUCAGACCAGAUAAAUCAUACACUGUGACCCGAGGCAAGUGGUAUUUUGAAUUCGAAAUACUGACAGCAGGGAAUAUGAGAGUGGGCUGGGCUCGACCAAGCUGCACCCCCGAUAAAGAGCUCGGCUCAGAUGACCAGGCAUAUGUCUUUGAUGGAUUUGAGGCUCAGUGGUACCAUCAGGGCGGUGAACCCCUGGGACGUCCGUGGCAGAAAGGCGAUGUGGUGGGUUGCUUGGUGGACAUGGCUGAACGCAUCAUGGUGGUCACGCUCAAUGGAGAGGUGCUGUUUAAUGACAGAGGAUCAGAGCUGGCUGCCAAGGACUUUGAUAUCCAGAGAGGCCUGUUGCCGGUAGUCAGUGUUGGGGUGAACCAGAUGGGGAGGCUGAACCUUGGCCGCCAAGUGGACUCUCUGCAGUAUUUCACCGUGUGUGGCCUACAGGAGGGCUAUGAGCCAUUUGCUGUCAACAUGGCCAGAGAUCCAGCCUUGUGGAUGAGUUGGAAACAGCCUCAGUUUAACUCCAUACUGCCUAAUGACCACAACUUACAGGUCACUAAGAUCACUGGUUUAGCGGAUUCUCUAUCCAGCCUGAGGGUCUCUCAGCGGUUGUUUGCACACCACAGUGGUGGCAAUGAGAUGGGCUUUUACCGGCUCAGCAUGUCUGUCCAAUGUGCUGCCGUCCUCACUAGUCCUGCAGGGGGUGUUCUUCCGGUGGCCUCCAACACUGUCUCUCCAGGAAGGAACGAGCAAGAGGAGUUGGACUCUGACUUUGAAGUGCUGAUGAAGUCAGCCCACAGCUUUGCUGGCUCAAGAGAUGAGCUCAACCAUAAGGAUCACAGUCAAGACAAAACAUCAAGAUUGAAACAACGGUUCAUGUUGAAGAGGACUAAACCAGGUUUAGUCAGCAGCAACUCGUCUGCACGGCUUCUCGAAGAUGUUGUUGUCGACAAAGAUAACUAUGAUCACCUUAUCCAGAGCUCCAGAUAUUACUACUCAGUGAGGGUUCUUCCAGGCCAGGAGCCAUUUAAUGUGUGGGUGGGCUGGGUGACCUCUGACUUUCAUCAACGUGACAUGACAUUUGACACAGACUAUGUCCACACCGUGACUGUCACCCUUGGAGACGACAGUGGCAAAGUCCAGGAAAGUGUGAAGCGGUGUAACUGUUACAUGGUAUGUGCUGGAGAAGCAACAGGCCUGUCUCAGAGUCGGAGAAGUGCAGGGUUAGAAAUUGGCUGUUUGAUUGACACAGCCACUGGGCUGCUCACCUUUACCUCCAGUGGGGUGGAGAUGGCCACUUUCUACCAAGUGGAAGCCAGUACAAAGCUGUUUCCUGCUGUUUUUGUCAAGCCCACCACCAGCAACAUGUUUCAGUUUGAACUGGGACGAGUUAAGAAUGUGAUGCCACUGUCAGCAGGCUUGCUUCACAGCCAAAGAAGAAAUGCCACUCCUCAGUGUCCUCCAAGGUUUCAGGUCCAGCAUCUCAGCCCGUUUUCAUGGACCAGAGUACCAGACCACCCAUUAAAGGUGUUGGUAGAUCGGCCAGAUGAGUGCCAUGGCUGGAGAAUCCAGUGCUCGGAGCCUCUGCAAGUCAUGGCCCUUCAGAUCCCUGAUGAAAACAGGUGCGUUGACAUUUUGGAGCUGUCCGAACUUGAUGACCUCUUGACCUUUCACCUCCACACUCUCCUCCUCUACUGCUCUUUAUGCACCCUUGGAAACACCAGAGUUUGCCAUGCUAUUUGCAGUCAUGUGGACCAGUCCCAGGUCCUUCAUGCCAUUCAGAAUCCCAACCUUCCUGGCCCCUUGCGCUCUGCAUUUUAUCAGCUACUUUUUCAAGUUUACCUCAGUGGCCACGCCACAGCAUGUAUCAUGAUGAACCAUGAAUACAUUGUGCCUAUGACAGACCAGACCAGAGAAAUCACCCUUUAUUCUGGCUCUGCAAAUGGCAUUAAUGGGGGGAGUGGUCAACCUCCAGAAGGCUUUUCCAGGACUAGUCUUAGCACAUCCCUUAAACCACAGAUGCGCUUCUCAUCUCUUUGUUUUGUGAGGAGUGAUGGGAUAGAAGGAGAUGACAUAGUUGAAAUAGCCUGCACAGACAGCCCAGAAAUCCCUCUGAACCUGCUGAAGAAUCUGACUGUAGAGAUGCUGACUGCAGCGGUGUGGGCUGUGGGUCAGGGUGUGAGGGAUCCUGUAGGAGGCAGCAUUGAGCUUCUGCUGGUUCCCCUAAUUAGACUCUUCUAUACCCUGCUGGUAAUGGGUGUAUUUAGGGAUGAAGAUCUGAGAAAAGUUCUGAGACUGAUAGAGCCAGUAGUCUUAUCCAUGGAUGUUGAAUCCCCUGAUGAGACAGAGGAAGAAGAGGCGAGUGGUGAUGAUGAUUAUGAUGAUGAACAGGAAUGGAAAGGGGGCAAGGAAAAUGGCACUCCUAAACAAGGACUUCUUCAAAUGAAGCUUCCAGAGGCUGUCAAACUUGAGCUCUGCCAUUUGCUGUCCUACCUGUGUGACAGCCAAGUGCGCCACAGGGUGGAAGCUGUGGUUGCCUUCGCCGACAAGUUUGUGGGUCAGCUGCAGGAAAACCAACGCUUUCGCUACAACCAGGUCAUGCAGGCGCUCAACAUGUCUGCUGCCCUAACUGCCCGCAAGACCAAGGAGUUCCGCUCACCUCCACAGGAGCAGAUCAACAUGCUGCUGAGCUUCAGAGAGGAUGAGCAGCAUGAGAACUGUCCAUGUCCAGUGGAAAUUCAACAGCUCUUGCAAGACUUUCAUCACCUCCUUAACACACACUGUGGAAUUGAAUCGGACAGUGACUCAGAGGAUGAAGAGGAUGCUGAGAUGUCUGUAAGAGAUCGACUUCUCGGUCUAGUGGUGAGAGUCUCUGGGCUGAGAAAGACAUCUGUAGAAGUAGAGGAGUGUAGACCGCAGAGUGCCAAGUCCCUCAAAAAGCUGAUCUCUGAGACGAUGGUGCGCUGGGCCCAAGAGAGUGAGAUUGAGGACCCUGAGCUGGUUAGAGCUGUCUUCUCAUUGCUGCACCGCCAGUAUCAGGGCCUCGGGGGCCAAAUGGCAGGACCACUUUGCAGAGCCUAUACGAUCAGCCAAGCUUCAGUGGAGGACACCGUGACCCUCCUGUCCUCCCUGGGCCAAAUCCGCUCUCUCCUCAGCGUUCGCAUGGGGAAAGAAGAGGAGAGGCUGAUGAUUAGAAAACUGGGUGACAUCAUGAAUAAUAAAGUUUUCUACCAACACCCCAACCUCAUGAGGGCACUGGGGAUGCAUGAGACUGUGAUGGAGGUGAUGGUCAAUGUUCUGGGCGAAGGGAAGUCGAAGGAGAUUACCUUUCCCAAGAUGGUAGCCAGCUGCUGUAGAUUCCUGUGUUAUUUCUGCCGCAUCAGUCGUCACAAUCAGGGAGCCCUCUUUGACCAUCUCAGUUACCUGCUGGAAAACAGCAGUGUUGGACUUGCUUCGCCAUCCAUGCGUGGAGCCACUCCUCUAGAUGUGGCAGCAGCUUCUGUAAUGGAUAAUAACGAACUGGCCUUAGCACUGAAAGAAUCCGACCUAGAGAGGGUGGUGCAGUACCUUGCUCGCUGUGGCCUCCAGAGCUGUCAACUGCUAGUAUCAAAAGGCUAUCCUGAUAUUGGAUGGAAUCCUGUGGAGGGCGAGCGUUACUUAGAUUUUCUACGUUUUGCUGUCUUCUGCAAUGGUGAGAGUGUAGAGGAAAACGCUUACGUGGUAUUGAGGUUGCUGAUUCGUCGGCCUGAGUGUUUUGGUCCUGCCCUGCGUGGUGAUGGGGGAAAUGGUCUACUAGCAGCCAUGGAGGAAGCCAUCAAGAUCUCUGAGGACCCCUCUAUGGAUGGACCAUGCACCAAGUACCAGUCCAACAGAACACUAGAUGUCAUCCAGGACCAUGAUGAUGACCUCAUUCAUGUGGGGCAUGCCAUCAUGACCUUCUACUCAGCCCUUAUUGACUUGCUGGGCCGUUGCGCUCCAGAGAUGCAUUUAAUUCAAGGAGGCAAAGGAGAAGCCAUCCGCAUCCGGGCCAUUCUGAGGUCGCUUAUCCCCAUUCAGGAUCUUGAGGGAAUCAUCAGCAUCUCCUUUCAAAUCCCUUCAGUGUCCAAAGAUGGUCUGGUGGUUGAGCCUGAUCUGUCUACAGUGUUCUGCCCAGACCACAAAGCAGCUAUGGUUCUAUUCCUGGACCGGGUUUAUGGCAUCGAGAACCAGGCUUUUUUUCUCCACCUCCUAGAAGUCGGUUUUCUGCCUGACCUUCAGGCAGCCGUCUUGCUUGACACUGCUGAUUUAGGAUCAACUGAUAUGGCCCUGGCUCUCAACAGAUACUUGUGUGCAGCUGUGCUUCCCCUGCUCAUCAAAUGUUCAGCUCUUUUCUGUGGAUUAGAGGACCAUACCUUGCUGGUUGAUUCUCUCAUUCAGGCAGUCUACAACCUCUCCAGAGCUCAUAGCUUGACUAAGGCUCAGAGAGAUACUAUAGAAGAUUGCUUGUUGGCUGUGUGCAGUCAAAUCCAACCAUCCAUGAUGCAGCCUCUUCUUCGUCAACUUGUCUUUGAUGUUCCCCGUCUCACAGACCACAGCGAGAUGCCAUUAAAGCUCCUGACCAGUCACUACGAGCAGAGGUGGAAGUACUACUUGCUAAGUGGUGGGCAGGGUGACCAGGGUUUGGCCUCUGAAGAGGAGCUCCACCUAUCUAGAAAAUUGUUCUGGGGAGUGUUUAAGGCCUUGGCAAAGAAGCCCUAUGAGCCUCACUUAUUUCAACUGUGCAUCCAGUGCCUGGCUGCAGUGGCCAAUGCCCUGCCUCCUGACCACACGGACUCUACCUGUGUCUAUCAGUUGGAGAAAAAAAACGCAAUGGACACAGAUGGACACUUUGACCCCCAGCCUGUAGAUACCUCCAAUGUGUCAGUGCCAGAGAGACUGGAGUUUGUAGUCAACAAGUAUGCAGAGCAUACUCAUGAGAAGUGGUCACUGGACAAGUUUGCCAAUGGCUGGGUUCAUGGGGAGCAGCUAUGUGAGAACACCAAGGUUCACCCUCUCCUCAAGCCUUACAGGGCUCUGGCUGAGAAGGAGAAGGAGGCAUACCGCUGGGCCAUUAAAGAGACAAUAAAGAGUAUGCUGGCCUUUGGAUGGACCAUAGAGAGGACUAAAGAAGGAGAUGCAUUUGGCAUGCAUACUUGUACACGCAGAGUCUCUCAGUCUGGACAGCUGUCUUUUGAAGGAGCAUCAACCUUCAGCCCCAAACCAAUGGACAUGAGCAGCAUCACGUUAUCAUGGGAGCAGUGUGCUAUGGCUGAACAUCUAGCUGAAAACUAUCACAACGCCUGGGCUAAGAGGAAGAAAUCAGAACUUGAGAGUAAAGGAGGGGGUGGCCAUUCAAUGCUUGUACCCUAUGAUACUCUGACUGCCAAGGAGAAGACCAAAUUCAGAGAAAGAGCUCAGGAUGUCCUUAAGUUCCUUCAGCUCAAUGGCUACACUGUGUGGAGAGAUCGCAAGACAGUGGAGAUGGACUUUGCCACAGCCAACUGCUUCAGCUACACUCUCCUUCAGCGACUCCUGUCUCACACUGAUGAGGUCCAAGAGCACAUGUUGGAACUGGAGGUGAUGCAAGCCAGAGGACAGAUGUCCAAAGGAGAGAGAGUUCCACACCAGCAACCAAUAAUUUUUUUCCCCAAGGUCAUCCUUCCUGUUUUGGAACAAUAUCUAAAAAGCCACCACCUGUAUUUCCUGUCCACAAGUGAUAACAGAAGCCAUGCCUCGAAAAAAGAAAAGGAGCUAAUCGCAUGCCUCUUUUGUAAGCUUGCAACCCUAGUAAGACACAGAAUCGCACUCUUUGGAAACGAAGCCUCGUCAGUUGCAAGCUGCCUCCAUGUUUUGGCUCAGGCUCUGGAUGCCAGGACACUGAUGAAAUUAGCCCCAGACUCUAUCCAAGCAUCUCUGCACUCAUUCUUUGAGGCAGCUGCAGCUGAUCUGGAGAUGACCGUGGAAAACCUUUCUGUGACCUUGGUCUCUUUGCCUCAGAGUAGGAGUCAACAAGCUAGAGGAGUGGCCAAGGUUCUCAGCUACACAACCUCUAUUCUUCUCCCCACACUCACUUCCCUCUUCCAGCAUCUUUGCAGCCACAACUAUGGAGUGGACCUCCUGAUGGGGAGUAUCCAGGUGUCCUGUUACAGGAUCCUCAACAGCCUCUACUCUCUUGGCAACAGUAGCAGCAUCUACAUGGAGGGGCAAAGGAUGGCAGCAGGCACUUGUUUGGCAGCCCUGACUGGUGCUUUUCCUGUGUGUUUCCUGGAGCCAGUCCUCAAUCAAAACAACCCUUAUUCUAUUUUCAACACCCUGGGCGCUACUGAGAGAGAAGACCUGGGGCUGCCAGAUCAGGUGGAAGACAUGUGUCCCCUGCUGCCCUCUCUGGAACAGGCUCUGGGGAAAGUGGAGGAGUUGGCAGGCGCUGGUGCUGGAACUAGCCAGGCCCACUACAUCCAUGUCAUGGAGGUCACCUUGCCCAUGCUGUGCAGCUAUAUUUCCCGUUGGUGGCACCUGGGCCCUGAGGGCCAGCCAGCCAGCGUAGUCUGCACCUCUGUCAUUCCUCAGCAUGCCAGUGACCUACUUGGCCACAUCCUUCGUAUCAUCCACAACCACAUGGGUGCUAGCCAAGGUGACUGGAUGAAACAGCUGGCAGUUUUUUCUCAGCCAAUUAUAUUUAAAGCCCGCGCUGAGCUGCUAAAGAGCCACUUCCUGCCACUGAUGGAGAAGUUGAGGAAGAGGGCAGAAUGUGUGCUGCUGGAGGAGGAGCAGAUGAAAGCAGAAGGGUGUUCUUCUGAGGCAGAGUUGCAGAUACAGGAAAAGUUCACUGUGCUGGUGCGAGACCUCUAUGCCUUCUAUCCCCUCCUCAUCCCAUUUGUGGAUUCUAAUCGAUCCAGCUGGUUGAAAGAGUCAAACCCUGAGGCUGAGCAGCUGUUCAGCAUGGUGGCAGAGGUCUUUAUAUUCUGGGCCAAAUCUCAUAAUUUCAAAUGGGAGGAACAGAACUAUGUGGUCCAAAAUGAAAUCAACAACUUGGCUUUCUUGGUCAACAACAACAAAAUGUCCAAGUUCAACCAUGAGAAGAGGAGGAUGAAGAGAAAGGGGGAUCGGUAUUCCAUGCACACCUCUCUCAUCGUGGCUACUGUGAAGAGACUGCUCCCUGUGGGACUGAGGGCUUGUUUUCCAAAUGACCAGAGCCUUAUCAUGUUGGCAAAGAACAGCUUCACUCAGAAGAACACUGAAGAUGAGAUUCGAGAGCAUGUUUUCCACGGUCUUAUACAUCUUCAGAGUCAGGCGUCAGACUGCUCGAAGCAGGGGACCCUUUAUGCUGCACACCCAAGCCAGCAAUGGGCAGUCACUGACGCCCAAAGGACUGUAGACAGGAUUGUGGGAAUAGCUCAAGUCCUUUAUUACUUGGACCAGGUGGAACAUCCGCAGAGAAGUAAAAAACCAGCGUGGCACAAGGUUUUAUCUAAACAGAGGAAACGAGCAGUGGUGGCCUGCCUCAGGAUGGCUCCCCUCUACAACCUCCCCAGGCACAGAGCUGUCAAUCUGUUCCUCCAAGGCUACAAUAAAUCCUGGGUCUCAGCUGAGGACCACAGCUUUGAGGAGAGGCUCGUUGAGGAUUUAGCUAGAGGAGGAGUGAUGGAGCUAUGUGGAGGCGACAGAGGGGAAGAAAAGGAUGUGGAAGAAGGUGCCAAACCAAUCGAUCCUCUCCUCCAACUCAUUACAUUCUUCAGUCGAAGCGCCCUGACAGAAAGGAGUAAGCUUGGAAACAACAGUCUCUAUAAGUCCUACGCUGCUAUUAUGGCCAAGAGCUGCCACACAGAGGAUGAUGACAAUGAAGACCAGGAGGUGGAAAGCUUUGAAGAGAAGGAGCUGGAGAAACAGAAGUUGCUGUACCAGCAGGCCAGGUUGCAUCUUCGUGGAGCUUCUGAGAUGGUUCUGCAAACUAUCAGUGCCAGCAAAGGGACCAUGGGCUCCAUGAUUGCUCCUACAUUGAAGCUGGGUAUUGCUGUUCUCAAUGGAGGGAAUGCCACUGUUCAACAGAAAAUGCUGGAUUAUCUGAGAGAGAAGCGAGAUGUUGGCUUCUUUCAGAGCAUGGCUGGACUCAUGCGGUCAUGUAGUGUUCUGGAUCUGAAUGCAUUUGAGAGGCAGAACAAAGCAGAAGGAUUAGGCAUGGCCAUGGACGAGAGCUCAGCAGAGAAGGUGAUGCCUGACAAAGACCUAACCUGUGAUCUCUUCCGGUUUCUACAGCUGCUCUGUGAAGGUCACAACUCAGAUUUCCAGAAUUACUUGAGAACACAAUCGGGCAACAACACCACUGUCAACAUCAUUAUAUCCACUGUGGACUAUUUACUAAGGGUACAGGAAUCGAUCAGUGACUUCUACUGGUACUACUCAGGGAAGGAUGUAAUUGACACACAGGGCCAACACAACUUCUCCAAGGCCAUUGAAGUUGCCAGACAGGUGUUCAACACACUCACUGAGUACAUACAGGGCCCUUGUUCUGGGAACCAGCAGAGUCUAGCUCACAGUCGUCUGUGGGACGCUGUAGUUGGAUUCCUCCAUGUCUUUGCCCACAUGCAAAUGAAACUCUCUCAGGAUUCAAGGCAAAUUGAGCUUCUGAAAGAGCUGAUGGAUUUACAGAAGGACAUGCUAGUGUUUUUGCUUUCCAUGUUAGAAGGUAAUGUUGUCACUGGAACUAUUGGAAAGCAGAUGGUGGAUAUGUUGGUGGAAUCAUCAGGCAAUGUGGAGAUGAUCCUCAAGUUUUUUGACAUGUUCCUCAAACUUAAAGACCUUACCUCCUCAGAUGCCUUCAGAGAGUAUGACCCUGAUCGUAAUGGCUGCAUAUCUAGGAAGGACUUUCAGAAAGCCAUGGAAAAUUGCAAGCGUUUCUCCCAAGCUGAGACUAAUUUCCUCCUCUCCUGCACAGAGACUGACAAUAGUGAUAUUGUAGACUAUGAGGCCUUUGUGGAUUGCUUCCACGAACCGGCCAAAGACAUCGGCUUCAGCAUCGCUGUGCUCCUCACCAAUCUGUCCGAACACAUGCCCAACGAUUCAAGACUAAGGACAUUCUUGGAGCUAGCACAGUGUGUCUUGACUUACUUCCAGCCCUAUCUAGGACGCAUUGAGAUCCUUGGCAGCGGGAAGCGCAUUGAACGUGUCUACUUUGAGAUCAGUGAAUCUAGCCGCACACAGUGGGAGAAGCCACAAGUCAAAGAGUCCAAGAGGCAGUUCAUUUUUGAUGUGGUCAAUGAGGGUGGAGAGAAGGAGAAAAUGGAGAUGUUUGUCAAUUUCUGCGAGGACACCAUCUUUGAAAUGCAGCUCGCAGCCCAGAUAUCGGACUCAGACACUGGAGAGAGGUACACUGGAAAAGAAGUGGAUGAAAAGAGCAGCAGUAAAGAAGACGACCAGGGCAAAAAAGGAGUGUUUUUCAUGUAUCGCUGGUGGCUCCUGCUGACAUCUCUACUUUCUGUGAAAAACCUGAAGACAUUAAUGAAAAUGACUCUGAAGGAUAUCCUCAUGUCAGCUGUUUUCCUCCUAAGAUUCAUUUUUAGAGCUCAGGUCCGGUGUAUUUGUGUUGUAAUUCGCAGCAUCAUAUAUGUACUAUACAUAGCCUUUGUCAGCGGUGGGCUCAUAGAGGGAGCCAAAAGGAUGAGGCUAUCAGACUUGCUCAGUGGUAUCCUUGAGCCAACUCUUGAUGAGGUCAUGGAGGUGCCAAGUGGUGUGGAUCGGCUGAGGAAGUACUCUGCCAGUUUCUCUUCCCAGAGAGAACUGAGGGAGAUGGGGCAGGUGGCAGCUGUGACCUCCCCCAGGGAGGUGGAUGUAAUGACAGACAUAUUCGGCCUCAAAGUGAAGAAGGAGGGAGGUCAAUACAGACUUAUGACACAGGACCUCACUGCUAGUCUGACUGACCUGUUCAACACAACCUCCAGGACAACUGCCACCACUGAUUUUUCUGAAAAGCAUCAGAGGAUGCAAUUUAAGGCCCACACUGCCUCAGAGGAAAAAGCAGAAGAUGGGAAAAUGCCCCAAUUAGAGAACCCAAAAGGGAAGGAAACUGAGAAGAAAACUGAGAAUGAGAAAGUAGAGGCAGGAUGGAGUGCCAAGAGAUGCUCUAAUAAGUCAGAGGAACCAGAGAGCCAACAUUCUGCCCUUUGGGAAAUGAUAAGCAGUCGUAACAAGAGCCUGCUGAACUACUUCGCAAGGAAUUUUUAUAAUAUGCGCUUGCUGGCUCUCUUUGUAGCCUUUGCAAUCAACUUCAUCCUGCUCUUCUACAAGGUGGCGUCCUUGCCUGCAUUACAAGAAGAGGAAGGAGUGGACUCUGCUGCUGAAGACGACAAUGAGGGCAGAGUUUAUUUUGUGCUGGAGGAGAGUAGUGGAUACAUGGAGCCAUCUCUCCACCUCCUAGCUGUAGCACACACAAUCAUCUCCUUCUGUUGCAUUAUUGGUUAUUACUGCCUCAAGCUACCAUUAGUGAUCUUCAAACGUGAGAAGGAAGUGGCACGAAGGCUUGAGUUUGACGGGUUGUAUGUGACAGAGCAACCCCCUGAGGAGGACAUCAAAGGGCAAUGGGACCGACUGGUCAUUAACACACCAUCGUUUCCAAGUAAUUACUGGGAUAAAUUUGUGAAAAGGAAGGUGAUGGAUAAGUACGGUGAGCUUUAUGGCUGUGAGAAGAUCAGUGAACUCCUGGGUCUGGACCAGGCUGCUCUAGACUUCAGCUCUGAGAGAAAACAAAGGAAGUGGCUCAAGAGAGACACUGCCUGGGGUGCUCUAUUUAACUCCAUUGACAUGAAGUACCAGAUCUGGAAACUAGGAGUUGUGUUCACUGACAAUUCCUUCUUGUACUUGGCCUGGUACAUGGCCAUGUCGGUUCUGGGUCAUUAUAACAACUUCUUCUUUGCCGCCCACCUUUUGGACAUCGCCAUGGGCUUUAAGACACUUCGCACCAUCCUUUCCUCUGUCACACACAAUGGGAAACAGUUGGUCCUGACUGUUGGCCUGUUGGCAGUUGUGGUGUAUCUCUACACCGUUGUGGCCUUCAACUUCUUCAGGAAGUUUUACAACAAAAGCGAUGACAAGGACACCCAGGACAUGAAAUGCAACGACAUGCUCACUUGCUACAUGUUCCAUAUGUAUGUGGGGGUACGUGCGGGUGGCGGCAUUGGUGACGAGAUUGAGGACCCUGCUGGAGAUGAGUUUGAGGUGGAGCGCAUCGUGUUCGACAUCACGUUUUUCUUCUUCGUGAUCAUCAUUCUCCUGGCCAUCAUCCAGGGCUUGAUCAUUGAUGCCUUUGGGGAGCUUCGUGACCAGCAAGAACAGGUGAAAGAGGAUAUGGAGACAAAAUGUUUCAUAUGUGGAGUAGGAAGUGAAUACUUUGAUACAGUCCCUCAUGGCUUUGAGACUCAUACUCUACAGGAACACAACUUGGCCAACUAUCUAUUUUUUCUGAUGUACCUUAUUAACAAGGAUGAGACUGAACACACGGGGCAGGAAUCCUAUGUGUGGAAAAUGUACCAGGAGCGUUGCUGGGAAUUCUUUCCUGUGGGAGACUGUUUCCGUAAGCAAUAUGAGGAUCAACUGGGAUGAAAGGAAAUCUGAGCGAUCUAAAGCCUCCCUAGAUAAUGUCAUCACACAGAGGCCAUCUUAAUUGAUGCCCUUGGACUCACUUAAUUACUUUGAAUUGUGUGUGUUUGUACUACAUUGAUCUUGAACCUUGGACAGAUUUUCCCCAAAGUAUACAUCCUUUAUAUUCAAGUUUUUCUAAAUUAUAUUAUAUAUUAAAUUAUUUGCAAACUAAAGGAUGAGGACCACUUGUUUAUAUUCAGAUCCACCUUUAAUGUGUUGUUUAGCCCUGUGGGCAGGUAUUUACUCAUUUCAGUGGUCUUUUCAGUCUACAACAAAAGUAUUUGAAAUAAUGUGACAGUUUUCUGUUUCAUACAUCAUUAUCUCAAGCAAUCCAAAUUCCGUUCCACAGCACUUUGCCGGCUGGAUGUGUC